CUGGGCUCCACCUCCCCUCUGCAGAGAGGUACUCUUCUCCUUUCAGCUCUGCCUGCACAGGUGGCCAGAGCCACACAGCCCCGUCUCUGAGCUGCUGAAGGGAGGCACCAAGGGAACAGAGAGGAUGGGGAACUCUCUGCUGAGAGAAAACAGGAGGCUGCAGAAUACUCAAGGGAUGCCCUGGAAGCUGAGAAAUCAAAACACCAGACGGAGAACCUCCAGAUGCUGGGACUGCUACUUUGCUGAAGGGUGUUUCUGCCUUUCGUGGAAAAAAUUACACAUUUUUAAGGCAAGGCAAGAUUCCCAAAAGGAAAAUGAAAGAAUGUCAUCUGCUCCUAUCCAGGACAAGGCCAACCAGAGCUCCUCAGAGGAUCUGUGCUACACCCUCAUCGAUCACAACUUCCUCAGGAAAAGGCUGUCAGAGAACUCUGCGGAGGGGUGCUAUGAGAACGUUUCCCUCAAGACUGAGAGACCCCGGGCGUCCUUGGGAGGAACAGAGACUGAGUACUCACUGCUCCAUGUGCCUUCCACCCCUAGGCGUCCACCUCCCCCAGAAAGUGAAUAUGAACUCCUCGUGCCCAGUAAAAUCCCCUUUCACUCCCUGCAACAGUCAUGCUCACUUAUGCCCCCUUCUGAGACUCAGUUUUCCUGUUUAUAAUCAAGUGGUUUAGCACUAGGAAAUAAAAGAUGGAAGUGGAGGGUUCUGGCUGAAGCAUGAAUGGGGCACAAAGCCCUUCUAGCUUACCCCUUCCCUCUCCCCAGUCCCCCAGCCCUGCUCCACCUCCACUUUCACCCCUCCCAGCACUAAAUAGCUCUUUCUGCAGUGGUCUCUGUAGAAUGUGGUUUGCAAAGCACAGGACCUCUUAGAUUCUCAAUAUCCAACAUCCAAAGAUCAACCAACUCUCCCGAGCACUACUCUCUGAGAAAGGAGCGACCGUCUUUGGUUCUGAGCAGCUUCGGAAAUGGGCUGCUCUACCCAGCGGCAAGAGAGGGUCCCUCAUCCCCCACAGACACACACAUCACAAAGGAUUUUGCUCCUCUGGGUUCUUCUUAUGAAAUGUCCCCACGACUGUCCUCUGAAGUCACAAGGAAGCUUCACCGUUAUACUAAGUGUACCCAGGGGAGUCUGCUAAUUGCUGAUUCCACUUGUUGGUGGGCCCGACUCCUCCCUUGCUGGCUUCCCGGUGGGCGCCACGUGCUCCUCUCGCUCAUGCCUCUAAGCAGUGUUCUGUGCAUAGCUCCUUUGACACGCUGGCCCUGUGGCUCAGUUGGGUACCUGUGUUGAAUUGUUAAAUUCCAGUCUAGGUUUUCAUAUAAAUUUAAUAUAAUUUGAA